CACAUGUUUAUAUUAAUUGUUCCAGUUCAAACACCAUCAUACACAAUUGUUAAAAUGAUUUUCUUAAUUUUUAGCUAAAUUCCUAUUUUCAGAUUUAUUUCAGAUUUGAUUAAAAAAUUUUUAAAUUCAUUUUGGUAAAUUUUAAUUUAAAAUAUCAAUUUUUAAUGAUUUAAUGAAUAAUGUAGUAUAAUAUUAAAAUUUCCUCAAUUCACUCAAUUCUCCUACUUAUUUUUAUUUUAAUAUAAUAAUAUAAUGAGCGGGAAAGAUGUUGAAAUAAUUCAGAACUGUGACGAAUUAACUCCGCCUGGUUCCUCACGACCUCAGAAUCCUGACCGCCGUCGCAGGGGUUUAUUUCCGUUUAAAAGGGUCCAAUCUCAGGAUGACACUUCCUGGUUUGACGUUUUCGGCUUUGGUUCUCGUCGGAUUCUAAACAAUAAUUUGAGCUACGGCUUAACUCUUGCUCUUCCACAGUGUGACUGCCGUCGACUUUCAGCAAAUCCAAUCACCUUCAAUGUUGAGCAGGCUAUUAAGGACAAUCCCAACUUUAAAAAGCUUCCGAAGCAGGUUAAAGGUGAGCGGUGCUCAAGAUUUAAUCAGUGGUGGCUUAAGUGCUGCCAAUCAGCGAUUCUGAAACAACAAGGGGUUUACUGGAAUUUAAUUCAGCUAUUAGGUGCCAAAGUCGUUGUUAAUUCUAAGGAAACCACGGUAUCUGAGCUAGUACUAGGGAAGAGGAUUACAUUGGCAAUUGAGUUGGACAUUAAGCGCACAUAUCCAUCAUUGAGAUUUUUUACUCGUUACGGACGGAGCAUGAUGAGACGUAUACUACUGGCAUAUGCUUUUUUUGAUACUGAAGUGGGAUACGUUCAGGGUUUGAAUUUUAUAGUUGCAAAUUUGUUGUGGCAUUCCAGUGAAGAACAAGCAUUUUGGGCACUUAUAUCAAUGAUGUAUUUAUAUGACUUAAGAUGCAUGUUUUUGCCGGGACUGCCUGGCGUAUUUAAGAGGUGUGAAAUACUCGAACAUUGUAUGAUAAAAUAUAUACCCAAAUUACACGACCAUCUGAAAGCAGUUGGAGUACAUAUACCAAUGAUAGCAUCUGACUGGUUCAUGACAUUGUGCGCUAAUUCUAUACCUAUCAAAGCUCUUGGACUGUUGUGGGAUUGCUUCUUUUCAGAAGGCUGGAUUGCAAUUUUUAGAUUCAUUCUUUACCGUUUAAAACAAUUUGAAGAUUACUUGGUGACAAUGACUGAUAUUGCUGAUAUUAUGAAGGUGAUAAAGUACGGAAACGCAAGUUUGACAGAGAAAUGGCACCUAAUAGAACUCAUCCCAGGGUUUGGAGGAGUUAAUCGCAGAAGAGUAGAACUGAUAAACGCAGCUUAUUCUACUAAUAUAGACAACUUGACUAAUGAUCCUAACAAGAACAGUAACGACUGUGACUGGUUAGCCAUCGUUGAGGCUUCUUUACUAUGUAAUUUUGAGUCGAAUUUUAUCGAAGACUUGGAACUGACUAAUUCAGAAAUUAUGUACCACGAUUUGCCGAUGGUCACUAACCAAGUAGUUAACAAGCUUGGUAACAAUGGAGAUUUGGCCGAUAAAUCCAGUGAUUUGAGUGAGUUAGACGAGGCCAUGAAAUCAUGUGUGUCCUCAGAAAAUUCAGUGUACCUUAGCGAGGAUGAAUCUUUCAAUAAGCUCAACACUACCAAUAUCUCUACCUACACCAAUUCCACAGCUGAUAAUACUGUUACUACCGAGAAUAAUUUGCCGAUUUUACAAAACACUGAGGAUUCUCAAGAGAAUUUGAAACCUAUAGAGCACUUGAGUAAGGAUAGCGGCAUUCCCACGUUAAGUGACUCUUUGAAGAUUUUAUACGAUAAUUCGUUAGGAGAUAUCGCACAGGAUUUGGAGAAGCUUGCAAUUUCUUUCCGUACUCAACUGGAUGCAAUUGGCGUUUCCAAAGCAUACCACUUACACCUCAAGGCUUUGCAGGAUGAGCUGCCUAACAAAUUAUUUCAAACCUAAUUUAUCA